AUGUCCCGUGUGUCAAAGACUGUCCGCAAGAAAACUGGUUACUCCCGUAAGGGAUGCGAAGACUGCAAGCAUGCUCACCUUAAGUGUGAUGAAGGCUUACCAUCUUGUAAACGUUGCAUAAGGCGUCAGAAGAGGUGCGUUUACAAUACAAAGUUUGUCGUUGAGGGUGUUGAUGAUAAAGGAUCUUCGCUCAACUUUAUUUUGAACCACAACCAGCGUCUUCAGGAGCCGCUGCAUCAACCGAUGCAAAUGCAAAUGCGAACGGGACGAGUACAAAUGCAACAAUCCACGCUUCCACAGAUGCAGAUGCCUCGUAUUGAAGUGAUUCAGAAUGCUUCCUUGCUACCCCCCACAAACAAUCAAAAUAUAGUGGGUGCAAACUCGUUUCAAAUGCAGCCUGCGUACCCUAUCAACUCUCAGCCCCAUGUUAGAAGUCCGAGAAUAAAUAUGAGGCUGAUUGAUUCUAUUUCUUCUAACCCAUCACCUUCACAACAGCAGUUUAUACGACCACAGCCACCGCAUCAACAACGCUCUAUCGAUCAGAAUAGAGCUUACAUUUCUCAGAAUCUUCCCCUUGACACUCCUUCACCUAAUACUUCUAUAAAUGCUCGCUCUCUGGACGGUACCAAUGUGGAUAAUCAAAAGGAUGGAACGACAACGAAUUUGAAGCAUAUUCUCAAUAAGGAGGACGGUUCAAUGCACAGUAACCAUACAAACGCCAGCACAGUGAGUAGUCAAAAUCACUCACAACAAUCUCCACUGUCUCAACAGCAGAUAGAUGACAGCUUUGAUGACUCUCUUGAUAAAUUGAAGUUGGAUGAUUUGGUUGACAUUCUCCCUGACGAUCUCAAAUUUCUCAGCAUGCUCACUGCACAAGAUCCUUCCUGGUUUCUGAUGGGCACCAAUAAUGUCAAGCCGGAAAGGAAUCCUAAUAUGAAUGUUUUUCAGAUUCAGUGGAGAAAUGUUUCUAACCUCGAAUACAUGCAACUUCUCUAUCAAUAUGAUCCGAUCAUUUUACGACCGGAGAAAGCUGUGUCCUUGAGUGAUACAGAAUUGAUAGACUUCAAUUGGACUUUGUGCAGAGUGUCACAGUUUUAUUAUAAUUUUUCGAGCUAUCCUGACGAGACGUUUAAUCAACUGAUGCAGAUCUUUCAACGGCUCAGUAAGAAGCAUACUAUUAUCCAGAAUGUUAUCAUGUUCAAUAGCAGUGUUUUUAUGAUUACAUUCUACGAAAAUAUGAAACAUCCAAACCAAGCUCGCAUUUGGGACCGCUCCGUCAGACUUCCUACCUUGAAACAUAUCCUGGAUAGUAUCAGAGAUGGACUUAUCAAAGAUUGUUCCUUUUCGGAACUUGUCACUAUCGCUUUUUCUGUUCUUAUUCUUUUCUCAAUCAAUAGUUGUGAUACGAAUAGUUUAUGGAGAAGCAACUUGACAAACUGUUACAGGCUUUUGACCAAGGCUUCCGAGCUACUUCCUUCUGUCAACACUCAGGAUGAAUCCGAUAUGGCUGCGCUCAAGCUUUUUCAGGUAAUAAGAGAAUGGUUCUUCAACGUUGAGUUUUUGGCUAUGGUCAGUUCUGAUAAUGGUGGAGAGAUUACUGCCAGAACUCCUUUGGAUAUUAUGUUUGCUGGGUCAUCACCUAACAAGUUAAUUACCUUUGACAAUGGUAUCAAUGGCUUACGUGGCUACAGCGGAGAGCUUAAUCCAAUUCUUCACAAGCUUUACAGAUUCAUUGAUAUGGAGAAGAAGCGGGGAAGAAACUUAAGUGGAACAAACAUUUUAAGACUGGUUCUUGAAACUAGAGAUACCAAGGUGCUGAACGAGGCCAAAACAUUUGGAUUUGAGCUAUUAUGGGACCUUAAGAAGUUGCCAAAUAAUUACAAGCCUUUGAAUAUACAAGACCUACGUAUGGACAUUUCGCUUAAAGAUAUCGACAAAGCUUUUAGAAUGGGGAUCGAGUUUUACUCAACUUUCUUCCUUAUUGGCCAGCGAGAUCCGAUUACUGCUUCCGAACAGUUGACUUCCAUUCUCGAAAUGAUAUAUGCCAUUCCUUACUACUAUACGUGUGGAAUUGCCUUACAUUGGAUCAUAUUUGCCUGUGCAUUGGCUGCCAUUGUAAUUCGUGAUGAUAAAUUGUAUGAUGGAUUCCUCGAUAUUUUAAGAAAGAUCUCUUCAAAGGGAAUGUAUGUUCCCGAAAAAUCGAUUGAAAGAUUGAAUCACACCAAAAGAGUUCUAGAAAAUAAGGAUUAUGAGCACUUGAUAGAUCCUCAUCAAGACUAUAUAGUUUUCUGA